CUUAUACAUCUCUAUGCCGUUGUUGUGCAAUAUCUAAGGCGUGUUCCUUUUAAAAAGCUGAAGGUAUUUAGACAGUAAGGAAGCAUUUCUAAAAAUCUCGGUAAACCAUUGCAAUAAGUAUGCCAGUUUAUAUUAUCACCAUAGGUUCUUGUGUCGAACGGUGCUAAAUGAACCUUGGUGCAUGCAUGGAAGUAUUCGGGGCGGAGAAGUCUCAGGCCUCUGCUAUGGAAGUCCUGGAGAAACCGCCAUGCACGGUCCUGUACCCACAAUUUUGUGUUCAGGCGCUUUGUGGCUUCGAUGGAUCUAGCUGUGGAGUUAAGUAUGCGUCCUUCGCAGCCUUCGCACCGGCAGUGUUGGAUACGGAUGCCGUGACGUGGGUGUCCGUGCUCCAACCCGUCGUGCUGACUAUUGACCAAAUGCACAUUGGCUGGCGCCUAAGGCGCCAGCUCAUCAACCCCCGGAAGAUGAUGAUGAUCGGGCCAUACCUCAUCAGCUUCCCUGCACUGCGCGCGCUGAGCAAGCGCAUGCCCCAUGUCAACAUCUCGUCCCAGGAUCUCAACUACAAGGACAAACAGAACCAGCGCGCCACUCUCAAGUAG